UCACAUUGCAUCCCUCACUCACUCUCCUUACUGCUGACAGCCACUUUUCUCACUCACAUUCUUCCCUUACUCACCACCGACAUCCCUCUCCCUUACUCUAACUCACUUGUGCUCUCUCUCCCCCUUCUCCUCUCCUCCCUGCUCUCUCUCUCUCGCUCGCUCUCUCUCGCUCGCUCUCGCAGGGUCUCUCUCGCUCGGUCUCUCUCGCUCGGUCUCUCUCGCUUGGUCUCUCUCGCUGGCUCCUUCGCUUUCUCUCUUGGAUUUCUAUUGCUUCUCUCUUCUUAACUCUAAGCUUUGAUGUGAAACUGAAGAAGUCACUGUUUGUCAUCUACUGCAUUUGAUUACCUUGCUCCCUUGUGUUAGCAUUUAAGCCUUCAUGUUGAAUCAAGUUUGUCCUUUCCAUGCAAUUAUGCAGAAAUCAAUAGUGUUUUGAAAACUCAUGUAUCGAUGGAUAUGCAGGUCUUGAUUAAAACCCUUUGGUUGUGCAGAAUAAAAAUUCUGCAGAAUAGUUGAAAUUCAUGUUCAUAAGAUAUGCCUCUUUACGAAUCAGUCCACAACAAGACUUGGCAUCUCUUGGUGUCGUCUCCUGCUGCUCCAAACGACGACAUUUAAUCGAUUUCCUUUUACGUUCUUUGAACAUUCGCGGGGAAGAAAAGAAAAAGGAAAAUUACGUUUUCUUUACCUUCCCGCUGCCUGCACUCUCAAAUGUUUUAAAAGCUCCAAACUUGGAAUUGCAAAGCCACUCUCGUAUCUCAGCAAUGGAGAAUUUGAAGAAGAGAUGGACUGUAACCUACACGAAGCAAAUCAAGCAAAAGAGGAAAGUUUAUCAGGAUGGUUUCUUGGACCUUCAUGUCUCAACCAACAAGGUCAUGCUGUUUGAUGAUUGCGAGAAGCUAUUGGAAUGCAGGAUGUUGAAGGGCGAAGAAGUUGUGAGCUCUGGUGAAACACUGACAUUUAAUGGUUAUCUUGUCGAUGUUGGGGAUCUUGAGGGCGAUGUCGAUCAGAAACCUAACCCUGAUUUGAACUUGUAUGGGAAAGAAAGGAAAAUUCUCGAGAAGCCUAGGCCUAGGCCUAGUUUGAUGUAUCGACACAAGUUCACGAGUCCUUCAAUUUCUUCUGCAGAUGAGAAGGAUACUGCAAAAAAAAGCAAAGCUCCUCUGAAUAACCUAAGCCCUUCUCAAAAAAUUAUCAGAGCUGGCAUUAUUGAAACAGUCGCUAACAUCUCAGAAUUCAAAAAGAGUGAACUGCAGAGAUAUGGAGCAUUACGGAGCUAUCAAGAAUCUCCUGAUACAGUAAACCCUCAUGUAACUGAGUGGCAGGUCAUGUACACAACUCAAGUGACUCAAAAGGCCAAGAAGUAUCAUGAUGGUUUCUUACGGCUUACGAAAAGUGGAUCCUUAGGGAGGCAGAUCAUGCUGUAUGAUGCAAGCAGAAAACUUCUAGAUAGUAGGUUCCUCAAGAAAAAUGAGAUUGUAAGAUCUCAUGAAUCAGUAAUAUUUGAUGCUCACUUGGUUGACAUUGGAGAGCCUGAACUGGAAAAUCAACUUUCUGCGGAUUUGAAUGUUCAAGGAAAUAAUAUCAAUCUUGCUUGCAAAGAAAGGGUAAUGCAUGUAAAUCAGAAUUGUCUUCGAGUCCAUGAAUCUUGGGCAAAAGCUACAGAAAAAUUUCAAAGCAAUGCUUGUUCAAGGGAGGAUACAGAUUCAAGAAGCAAAUUUGCUGUAGAGAGGACAAAAGUAAGCAAUACCGCUCACACAGACAAGUCUUUACGUGGCAUCCAUCAAAUCUUGUCUAUUCUCCAAAAACCUCUUGCGCAGAAGAGUGUUGUUGUGGGUUGUACUGACAACAGCAUGACUACAACUGUUUUCUCUGCUAAGGUGAUCCACAUCUCAGAUGCUGAGGUAGAUUAUCCUAAAGAUGGUAAAUUACCUGUAAUAUCGUUGCCAAAUGAUGGACCAAGUGAAACUAAGGAUAAUGGGGAAUCAACUAAAUUUACAGAUAACGAGAAAUGUAGCAACCUUAUGCCUUCCGAAGACAUAUCUAUUUCUAGUGGUGGCCAACCAUCCAGUGACUCUGUAACUGGAAAUUUUGACCAGUCUCAUAUGGACAAUACAAAGGCUGAUAUUAAAAGGUGUGAUGUAGCUUUUCCUUCUGAGCUUUCUAGUGGUUGUGCCUCUAAUGUUCCUACUGACGGUAAAAAGAAAAGCAAUGUGCAGCUCAAGAGUACAAGGGAAAUUGAUGAAUGGCCGACUUUUGAUCUUGGGUUUUGAGCAGAGGCUGAUAUUUAGAUCGUAAUACCUUAUUAUUGAUGGUGAUUCUUGGUAACAUUGCACAGGUGAUUGAUCUCUCCUGUGAUGGAGAGAACUCGGUGGAAGAAACAAGAUUGUACAGGAUAUACAUCCGUUAAUUCAUUCUGUUUUGGAAGGUAUUCAGUUGCGCUAGUAGACAAAACUAUAGACUAAUUAGCAUAAUGGGGCCACAGCAAAAAGAGGAGAAUUUUGAAUACUGGAAUUGACAUUCUACUCGGGCUUAUAUGUAGCGUGGAUACAGCAACGAGAAUUUAGAAGAUAAGCUUCUAUGAAAUACUCUGUAUUUCGUCAUUGAUUAAAAAUUCAGUUGCUCAUUAAAUGGGAUAUUUUGUUUUUAUUUUA